UGAAUAACUUUUGCACAGGUUUUGCGCGUGCGCCUAAAGUGUGACGCAGCGAUAUUCAAUCCGGAAGUAAACACAACUCUGAACCUGUAGCUGAAAAGACAAGAUGGUGUACGUGUCCAACGGCCAGGUCCUGGACAACAGGUACCAGUCACCGUGGCGAUUCUCUCUACUGGUCGAUCUGUUCUGGGGAGCAGUGGAAUUUAUUGGGCUGUUUUUCAAAACGUUGAUUCACCCAGACUUGACAAAGGAAGGAAACAGUGGUACAUCCCACUACACUGAUGGCAGAGGUCCUCCAGGUCCUCCUGGAGGCAGAAGGCGGAUUGGAAGGAUAACUCACGGUGGAGGUCCUGGUGCCCCACCAAUGGGUGGAGGGGGAUGAGGAAGGUAA